UCCAUAUAUAUGAAUUUAUAUGCUUAUCACUGUGAAACAGGAAGAUUCUCAUCUCAUCGGGGCUGGUCUCUGAUUGUGAUCGUAUCCAAUAUUUUCAGUAUUUGAGCUACUACGUCAAGAGGACAAAGACGCCGUGCCCAUUUUGUAUUUUUCUUUUCUUGCUGCAUCCAAUCUCCGUCUCGAUCUCCAUUUUUUCCUCCUUCACUUCACAGCCGAGAAGCCGAGAGCAACGGGAUUUGACAAAAGAGGGCGAGAAAAAAAAAAACUCAAAUUCCUGUGAUUAGUGUGCUUUUCCGCUGGCAUCUGCGCUCCGUUUAGCCCAUCGCGGCGCCUUGUGACAUCAGCCCAGCGUCCGCCCAGCCAGCAUGCACAAACACCACCACUGCUGCAAGUGUCCAGAAUGUUAUGAGGUGACCCGAAUGGCGGCCCUGCGUAGGAUGGAUGCCCCAGCCUACGGGGGAGACUGGCAGGCUGAGCCCUAUGGAUACCCGCCCGGGUAUGGAGGAGGCCAAACCUUACCCGCUCCGGCCUCGGGGGGAGGAGGCAACAUGGGUGGAGGAGGAGGAGGUGGCGGAGGAGGAGGUGGAGGAGGGGGCACCUUAGGUAGAAGUAAGGGCAAGAUGAUGUCUGGCGGUGGGCCUGGAGGCCCCAAUCCUAAAGGCCAAUCCAAAGGGGGGCCGAAAGUAAAUGGCAACAACUCAAGUGGACAAGGAGGAUGGUGGCCUGAGUGCACCUGCACCAAUCGGGAGUGGUAUGACCAGGCCAACCCUCCCCCCAUCAUUGUCAACGCAGACUCACUAGAUGCAGGCCCUUAUGUGAAUGGCAGUGAUGGCAUGUACAAGUAUGAGGAGAUCAUUUUGGAGAGGGGGAACUCCGGCCUGGGCUUCAGCAUCGCGGGAGGCAUCGAUAAUCCUCACAUUCCUGACGAUCCGGGGAUCUUCAUCACCAAGAUUAUUCCUGGAGGUGCAGCCGCCAUGGACGGAAGGCUGGGGGUUAACGACUGCGUCCUGCGUGUGAACGACGUGGACGUGUCGGAGGUGGUCCACAGCAGGGCGGUGGAGGCCCUGAAGGAGGCGGGGCCGGUGGUGCGUCUGCUGGUGAGGCGAAGGCAGGCCCCGCCCGAGACCAUCCUGGAGGUGAACCUGCUCAAAGGGCCCAAAGGACUUGGAUUCAGCAUUGCCGGAGGGAUCGGCAAUCAGCACAUCCCGGGCGAUAACAGCAUCUACAUCACCAAGAUCAUCGAAGGAGGAGCUGCGCAAAAAGAUGGACGGCUGCAGACAGGAGACCGCCUGCUAGCUGUGAACAACAUCGUGCUUCAGGACGUGCGUCACGAGGAGGCGGUGGCCGCCCUGAAGAACACGUCCGAUAUGGUUUACCUCAAGGUGGCCAAGCCAGGACCGGUGCACCUCAAUGACAUGUACGCCCCGCCGGACUAUUCAAGCACUUUCCCCACCAUGGUGGACAACCACGUGAGCCACAACUACAUGGGCGCCAUGGAGCCUAAGCCCCCCUACCCGCCGGCCCAGGUCACCCCGUCCAGGUACUCACCAGUUCCUCGCCACAUGCUUGGGGAGGAAGACUUCACCAGAGAGCCAAGGAAGGUGUUGCUGCACAAGGGCUCCACCGGGCUGGGCUUCAACAUCGUGGGCGGGGAGGACGGCGAGGGCAUCUUUGUCUCCUUCAUCCUGGCAGGGGGUCCGGCUGACCUGAGCGGCGAGCUGAGGAGAGGCGACCGCAUUCUGUCUGUGAACGGUGUGAAUCUAAGGAAUGCGACGCAUGAGCAGGCGGCGGCUGCCCUGAAGAGAGCCGGACAGACUGUCACCAUCAUUGCUCAGUACAGACCUGAAGAGUACAGCCGCUUUGAGUCCAAGAUCCACGACCUGAGGGAGCAGAUGAUGAACAGCAGCAUGAGCUCAGGAUCCGGUUCCCUGCGCACCAGUGAGAAACGCUCCAUCUAUGUCAGAGCUUUGUUCGACUAUGACCGGACGAGGGACAGCUGCCUGCCCAGCCAAGGGCUAAGCUUCUCCUACGGCGACAUCCUCCAUGUCAUCAAUGCUUCUGAUGACGAGUGGUGGCAGGCCAGGCUGGUGACGCCUCACGGGGAGAGCGAGCAGAUCGGGGUCAUUCCCAGCAAGAAAAGAGUGGAGAAGAAGGAGCGGGCCAGGUUAAAAACAGUCAAGUUCCACGCCCGGACUGGCAUGAUUGAGUCGAACAGGCAGCCAGUCAAAGUAAAGCGCAAAAAAAGCUUCAACCUGUCGCGAAAGUUCCCGUUUUACAAGAGCAAGGAGAAUAUUGUGCAGGAGUUGGUGGAGUCUGAACAAUGCCUGACGUCCAACACAAGCGACAGUGAAAGCAGUUCAAAGGGCCAGGAAGACACCAUCCUCUCCUACGAGCCAGUCAUUCGACAAGAAAUCCACUACACAAGACCCGUGAUCAUCCUGGGCCCCAUGAAGGACCGAGUCAACGACGACCUCAUCUCUGAGUUCCCUCACAAGUUUGGCUCCUGUGUGCCCCACACGACUCGUCCGAGGCGAGAGAACGAGAUGGACGGUCAGGACUACCACUUUGUGGGCUCGCGCGAGCAAAUGGAGAAAGACAUCCAAGACAAUAAGUUCAUCGAGGCGGGUCAGUUCAACGAGAACCUGUACGGGACCAGCAUCCUGUCGGUCAGAACUGUGGCUGAAAGGGGGAAGCACUGCAUUCUGGACGUGUCGGGCAACGCCAUCAAACGACUGCAGCAAGCACAACUUUACCCGAUUGCCAUUUUUAUUAAACCAAAAUCCAUCGAAGCCCUCAUGGAAAUGAACAAGCGGCAGACGUACGAGCAAGCCAAUAAAGUCUUUGACAAGGCCGUGAAACUUGAGCAAGACUUUGGCGAGUUUUUCACAGCUAUCGUCCAGGGCGACUCGCUAGAGGAAAUCUACAACAAAAUCAAGCUCAUCAUCGAGGAGCAGUCCGGUCCGUACAUCUGGAUCCCCUCCCCAGAGAAGCUCUGAGCACCUUGCCUGCCCGCCAUCACACCGCCACCACCUCGCAUCGCUGCAGAGAGCCCCCUCCCCCUCUCACCCCCCAUCUCUUUUUACAGCUAUGUUUCAUAUAAAGUUUUAGUGUCAUCAUUAUGUUACUCUCUAAAUGGAAAAAGAAGUUUUCUCACCAUUGAUUACUGUGCCACCCCCCUGCAUGAAUUUCUCGACGCCGGCCAUUCUAGACUGGAACGGAGGUCCUUCAUUUUUUUUUGUCAUAUGAAAAACAAAACAAAAAACAGGAGAAAGGGAAUUGAUCCAUUUUGUCAACAGACUGAAGAUGGGAAUGUUUUCAUGAGGAAAGGAGAGGGAGAGAGCGAGAGAGAGAGAUCGAGAGGAGUGGCAGGGGGAACAGAGACAAAUCACGCCGAGUCAGAACACUUUGUAAAUGUUCAUCCAAUCACAUUUUAAAAAGAUGACAUACACAAAGAUGAGAGACCUUUUUUUUUUUUUUUUUUUUUUUUUUUGUCCUCCCACCCCCACCAAAAUGACUGGUUGAGUGGAGCCCUACUGACGGUACUGUUGUUUCUAGGGAAUUAUUUAUCAUCUCGACAGGACAAAUCCCUACAUUUAUAUAACGACAUCAACAAGAUGAAUAAAGUCCUACAGAUUUUACUAUACAUAUAUAUAUAUAUAUAUAGAGAGAGAGAGAGAGCGAGAGAGAGAGAGAGUGCGUGCGUGUGAGAGAAAAACAAGUACAGUUUUACACUUCACUAGAAUGGUCCAUUUGGAGGGCUUGUUUGGAAUUUUCUUUUUUUUUUUUUUUGGCUCGUGACCUUUUUAACAUUUUCGGGGGGGUGGGGGGGAUACUACACUGAGUAAAGGGGGGCGGGGGGGGGGGGUAGAGAUGUGUAAGUGGGCUCUGCAAAACACCAAACUGCCUUACAUCCAAUACUGACUGACCACCUGUUGUCCUCCUUUGAGUGCAAUAGCCCCCCCCCAAACACUACGACCACUAUUACAACAAUCAAUCCAUCCAAUUAGGAUUUACUUUACACCCCCACCCCCAUAACUAAAGAGUGUGGAGCUGCAGACCACCCUCUUACACUCUCUGCCUUCCAAAAAGGUUUUUUUGUUUGUUUGUUUUUUUUGUUUUGUUCUUGUUUGUUGAUCUGUUUUACUGGUCACACGGUACUGUCCUAUCUGCUGCCAUGGCGGCAGCCUUUUAACGGGUAGAACAAGACAAUAAUUGUAUUGGAUGUGAUGCCCAUUAAAAAAAAAAAAGCUGUUUUGGAUUGUCCAAAAAAAAAAAAAAAAAAACACUAAAGUUGAGCCUAAUUAAAGCUUUGUGUUAUGUACAUGAAUUAUUCACGUGCUUGGACCACUGUGUAUGGGAGGGUUGGGUUGAAAAAAAAAAAAGAGCUCUUUGGGUUUGGGCUGAGCUCAGGUAUAUCAAACGUACGGCGCCCGAGAGGUCCCCUGAACGCAGCACGACACGGACGCGCACACGCAAGCUUCCUAUCAUAAAGCUCAACUGUGAAAGGGAUCUUCUCUUCGGUUUUCUCCUUCCUCAGAGAGCCAAACACCCCAACAGGAAGUGCCAACUCUGACCUGGGUCCCCCCCACAAACCCCUCAAUUUUUUUUUUUUUUUUCUCCCUGUUGCCAGACAACCAGCUGUCAUCACCUGUGUCUAAACCUCCUCCGCAGAGUUCAGGGAAUAACUGAAUGGAACACAGCCAUUAAUAAACUGUUUGCAGACUGUUUCAAAGGGUGUGGUAGCUGUACAAUGUAAAUAAGACCCUGCCCCCUUUUGGCCCACACAUAUUCCCCCAGAAGAUAUUACCCCCUUCCUCACAUGUGCUUUGUGCAUGUGUGACUCAAACUGGGACAGAAUAUGUUUUAUAGACCACAAAUGUCAGGUAAGUUGAGUUUCAAGCUAUAUUAUCCAUACGGAGGGGGGGAAAGUGCUGUAUUGUUGCUAUUUGUCUUAAGAUACCUAUGGGAAACUAAACUAGUCAGUUAAAUGGGCGAGGCCCUCUACAUGUCAAUACUUCUGGGACAUGGCUGGGUAUACAGAAUGGAAAAAAAUACAUUAUAUAUAUAUAUACACGCACACACACAAAAAGGUUCAGGUUAUUGGGCUUUCAGGUGAGAAAAAAAACCUCAAAUCCACUAAAUUUGCAAAUUUACCUUUUCACUUUUUUUUUUUAACCUAUCCCUUAUUUGGGAAAUUACUCCUUUUUUUAAUGCAUUUAUAAGCAGAUAUGCACAUAAGUGGUGUGCACUGAAAAUAUUAAAAUCGUGCCAGAUUCAAUUAUGUCACUGCAUUUGUGUACCAAAUGUUUAGUAGCACAAGCCUGGUUUUCGCCAAGGAAAUACAACUUGGGUUAAUUAAUGUCAGAUGGUGGAUAUAGGGCAUUCCUUUUUUCAUGUUCUGUGCACCGAGAGCAGGGAUCAGUGUUUUGUUUUUCAAAGCGAACUUACCAAGCCGAGGGCAUGUUCUGCAUGAGAAACCCCUCCAUAAAAGGCGCCACUCAUCAAAGUAGCUUCAACUAGGAUGUUCAAAGACAAGUGGCUACUAGGCUUAGUGUCGUCAGCAGUUUGCCACAGAGAUUGGCGGAGUCACAGAAAGGCAUAUAUAAUGGAUUUUGGUUUCACACUGAAAUUUCACGUGAAAGCCCAGUAUCCAUCAUUUUUUAUGACAUUAUUCUUGACAGAUUGAGUGGAAAUCAGAGCUGACUUAACGAAAAAGCGCACAGUACUUCAGACCUCAGUUAGCCACGUCCAAGCCCAAAGACUUCACUCUCUGCUCUUUCCAUUUGAGGCUGUGAUGGGGGGGGGGGAAGGCCACCUAUGCGUAUGUGUGCGUGUGUAUCAUUGAUGAGGCUGACAAAUGGUGGUGUCAAUCUAUUUAAUUUUUAGUUAUGUUGAGGUGAAAGGGGGCUCGGGUCUUUUUUUUUUUUUUUUUUUUUUGGGGGGGGGGGGUAAUUCUGUUUAUGGCACAUCUGUGCAGUAAGUGCUUGCAAACAUGAACCCUUUUGAUUGUACAGUCCAGUAAUCUCCUUCCUGUGGACGCAGGUGGUUAUGCCCUGUUGGGAUGCUGAGCCCAAUUGGUCUUCCCUGUCCUAGUCACAAGGGGAACACCGUCCAUUUUAUAUAUAUAUAUAUACAUAUAUAUAUAAUAUCACAUUUUCUUUGUGGGCUUUAUUUUGGGAGGACUUGACAAGAGUUUAUUUGUUUGGAAAUAAAAUAUGUGACACAGUUUCAA